AUUGGGACUUUGGAGAGGGUGGUAGCAAUCUUAAAAGAUACCUGGAAAGGAAAAACUGCAAUCUUUUACUGCAACGUGAACAUUAUCACUGUGACGUCUUUCUCCAGACACAAUGGCUGACAGUAAGCUAUUUAAUGACCCAGAGAAGCUGAAGAGAGGUCUCAUAAAGGUUCUUGAAUGUGUGGCCACCAUCUCUUCUGCAGCAGCGGUGGUCAAUCCCAUCUUCGGUGUGGCUGGAUCUCUCAUCCGGGUUGUGCUUCACCAAGUGGACGACGAAGAUCUCCAGAAACUCAAGCAUGAGUUUAAAAACGUGAAUCAAGCACUGGAUGCCAUUUCAAAUCAGAACCAUCAAGCCCUGCAGGAGAUCCGUAAGGAAACGGCGGACAAACAGUACGGCCAGAUCGAAGAAAACCUUCGCAACCAGUUCUGCAAAUUCAUGGAGAUCGUGGAGGCAAACCCAGAGCACGUGCAACGCAAGAAGGAGGAUUUCAUUGAGAGUUACAUGAAUGACAACGAAGACCAAAACAUGCACACCCUUUACGAUAGCGUGAUGGGGAAACGCAAACUCUUCAGCCGGCCUAUUCUGGAAGUGUACAUGAAGCAUUCGCAGAAUGACAAGAGCGUCAUGGAAAACCUCUGCACUCGACUUGCAUACCUCUUCUGCAUCGGUUUCAUUGCUAUGAUGGGUUACUAUGCCCUCAUAAAAGAUGACGUGGAAUCUCGGAAUAAGGAGUGGGAAGAAAAGAUGAAGGAUGUGCAGGAGAAGAUGCAGGAGGUGCUGAAGAGCUGCAAGUGAUUUCUUCAGCACAAAACGAUGCCUUUUCCAAUCUCUUUGAUGCCUUUUUGCUGGCAUACUUUCCUUGCUGUUUGCAAUUUAAACUACUGUAUAAUCAUCAACAUUAAGAUCAAUGAAAAUGGCUGAAGAAGUAAUAUUAGAUUCAUAAAAUCACUCAUGUGACACAAAUAUUUUAUUAUAGUCAGCUUUACAUUAAAUUUUUUAUAUAAAGAUAAAAUCUGAAAGGAAAUAAUGGCGUCUCUUUGAUUUCUUUAUGGAUCAUCGUGUUUCUUGCACAAUAAUUUACCCAUAA